UACUCUACAUGUAAUGAAUCUAGAAUAUAUGAAAGUUAAAAAAAAAAAAACAUUUUAUUUUUAGAUGCACCUGGAUGUCUUUGUAUACUGAUAAAAAAGUUGUGGAAAUAGCUGGUUGCAGUGGCAGCUGUAAAUUCUGAAAAACAGAAGCACAAAUGUGUGCUAUUUAUGGCAAAAAUUUUACUCCGCCUAUAAUCUAUUUAUAAUUAUUUCAAGUUUAAAACUAAAAAGUGAACUUGACAAUGCUUUUAUAUUUUUUUUACAAAUGCUAAGGCAAAAGACAAAACUAUCAAUUAAAGACAUUGCUUUAGAAAUUAAAAAUUAGAAAUUGCUUUAUCCCCUUGCUUCUUGGCUCCCCCCCCCCCCCACCCCGCACUGGCAUGACUAAAGUUGAAAUAUAACUCCAGCUCUGGAGGUAAAUACCCUUUGCUCCUUUGAGAACAUGAACUUUCACUCACACACUGUAGUAUGCACAUGCAAUAGUACUGUUAUGGGAGUGAGCAGCAGGGCCAAAGAAGGGUAAACUGUGACGUGACCAUGAUUUAGCAUGCCAUGUUUUCAAGGUAGAAAAUAUUACAGAGUUUAUAUAAUAAAACUGGGCAGGCUUCCAGAAAAAAAAAGAUUGAGUUCACUAUAUAUUUUCCCAUGUAAAAACACUCAUGAUAAUCUCAUUGACUCCCAGUGAAUCAUUGUAUAACUGAAAUCUAUGUUGUUCUAAUACUUGUUUCUUAUGGAAAAUAUUCCAGACCAAAAUGUACCAAUCCUUUACAUUACAUUUAUAAAUUUUGGAAUUUAUUGCAUUUUAUUAUAGCUAAUUUAAUAAACUCAUAAGCAAUGAAGUUGACUACUACAGCUUGGUAAUACUUUCAUAUCACAGUGAAAACGUAUUCAAAUUUUGUAUUCUGCUUUAUUAUUCAUUUAUUUUUAUUUGUUGUUAUUAUCUGUUUAGUAUGCAGUAGAGUAGAGCUACAGUAAAGCAUGGUGCUAGCAACAUCAAAGCCAUGGGGUCAAUUCCCUGCAAAUGAACAAACUGAUAAAAUUAUGCCUUGAAAGUAAUGUAAGUCGCUUUGGAUAAAAGCAUCUGCUAAAAGCAUGUAAAUAUUAGAGGGAAAAAAUUUAUUUGAUGGAAUUGUGGCAGUUCUGCUUCAGUACCACAGUUGUAACAUUAAAUAGUAGUUCAUUAACAGUACACCUCCACUUGGAAAUGCUCUUUUCCCUAUUAAAGGCUGACCGACCCUUCACUUACAUUACAUACGAUAGUAUUUGUGUCUUGUCAUGCACAUUGAGUCUGAAGGAGAGUAAGCUGUACUUGUAUUUCUUUGACUUAUCUUACACUCAACAAAGGCUGACCUGGUAGUGAUUUUGCGUCUACAUUUUCAUGGGUGCCAUGAACAGACAGUUAUUUCAAUCAUGUGGGCAAAUUUUCAUAGCCCUUCUACUGACGAGUUUCCCAGUUGUUCAAAGCAGGAAGGUUCUUGUCUUUCCUGUGGAUGGCAGUCACUGGGUCAACAUGAACAUCUUGGUGGAGGCACUUCAUGCCAAAGGUCACAAUGUUACAGUCAUUCGGAUGGCAGACAGCUGGUACAUCAAAGAAUUCUCCCCUCACUACACAUCAAUCACUAUAAAUUCUCCUGGAGGAUUCGAUGAAGAAUUCUUUGAGACGUUUGCAUUCAGACUUAUGAAAAUUCAGAGGGAAGGUUCCACCUGGGCUCGUCUGAAGCUGGAGAUAGAAACGUGGCUAGGCACUUUUGAGUUAACCAAAGUAGAAUGUGAGAUGAUAAAGAGCAUGAUGGAAGACCAGCAGCUAAUACAGUCUUUUAGGGAUGCCAAGUAUGAUUUGCUUCUUACAGAUCCAUUCUUGUUUGGAGGUGUUCUUUUGGGCCACUUCCUGAAGCUGCCCAUUGUCUACAAUAUCCGUUGGACAAUGUAUAGUGAAGCACAUUUCGUGAUAGCUCCUUCUCCACUUUCUUAUAUUCCUUUUCCAAUGGUGGAGUUAUCAGAUCGCAUGAGCUUUUUUCAAAGAGUGAAAAAUGUAGUGAUGUACACUGUAACUGAAGCUAUGGGUGCUUUACUGUUUGCUCCAAAUUAUGAUGCACUUUGCGAACGGUUCAUUGGCCCAGGAGUGUCCUUCCUUACCUUACUUCAGAGUGCUGAUCUGUGGCUCCAUAGAGUUGAUUUUAUUUUUGAAUUCCCGCGUCCCACUAUGCCGAACAUUGUCUACAUGGGAGGUUUUCAAUGCAAGCCAUCAAAGCCUCUUCCCCAAGAUCUGGAGGACUUUGUGCAGAGCUCUGGUGAUCAUGGUGUCAUCAUCAUGUCUCUGGGCACUCUCAUUGGUCAGCUUCCUGAUGAUGUGGCUGAGGCGAUAGCUGAAGCUUUUGCGGAACUUCCACAGAAGAUCAUCUGGAGGUACAAAGGAAAGAGACCAUCUGCACUAGGAAACAACACCUUAAUGAUGGACUGGAUGCCACAGAACGAUCUUCUGGGUCAUCCUAAGACCAGAGCCUUUGUGGCACAUGGAGGAACCAACGGGAUUCAAGAAGCCAUUUACCACGGGGUACCUAUCAUUGGAUUUGGGCUGAUUUUUGACCAGCCUGAUAAUCUUGUAAAAAUGAGAGUACGAGGUGUAGCCAAGACUGUAGACUUUGCCACAGUGGAUAAGGACUCCUUUCUUAAAACUGUCAAAGAGGUUCUUUAUGAUCCCUCUUAUCGGGAGAACAUGCAGAGGCUCUCAAGGCUUCACAAGGACGUUCCAGUGAAACCUCUGGACAACGCCAUCUUCUGGAUUGAGUUUGUUAUGAGGCACAAAGGUGCUGCUCACUUGCGCACAGAGUCUUACAAAAUGCCCUGGUACUCUUAUCACUCUGUUGAUGUCAUACUGUUCCUGCUUUCUGCUGUGUCACUCAUAAUCUUGACUAUAUAUGCAGUAAUCAGAUAUUUCUGCUGCAGAAUAUGUUUAAGAAAAGCAAAAAACAAACUUGAAUGAGUUUAUUAUUAUUAUUAUUAUUAUUAUUAUUUAGGUAAUAAGCAACUCUAGGUCAGGCAUUUAUAUUUAUGACCAAAGUUUUGAAUCAUUAUGAUGUUCAUUUCAUACGGUAAUCUAUAGAUGUUGAUUUAUUGGUUUGUGCAUGUUUAAAUUUAUGUUAUUGUUUUAGAACCAUAUUCUGUAUUUCAAUAAUGAAUUAUGUCAGGUCUACAUUGGUUUUUAGUU